UGGCUCCACUGGAGGAAAGCACACCCAGGUCUCACAUUAAAGAAGCCAAACUGUCUGCUUCAAAGAGAAAAGGCAACAUCCUGUCACAGGCCAUGCUCUGGCAGAGACCCACAGCUCCAGAACAAGCCCCGGCCGCGCCCCGGCCGUACCAGGGCGUCCGCGUGAAGGAGCCGGUCAAGGAGCUGCUGAGGAGGAAGCGCGGCCACGCCAGCAGCGGGGCGACGGUGGCACCUACCGCGGUGGUGCUGCCCCAUCAGCCCUUGGCGACCUACACCACAGUGGGCCCUUCCUGCCUUGACAUGGAGGUCUCUGCUUCUACAGUUCCGGAAGAGGGGGCCCUGUGUGCCGGCUGGCUCUCCCAACCGGCCCCGGCCACCCUCCAGCCCCUGGCACCGUGGACACCCUACACCGAGUAUGUGUCCCAUGAAGCUGUCAGCUGCCCCUACUCAACUGACAUGUAUGUGCAGCCUGUGUGCCCCAGCUACACAGUUGUGGGGCCCUCCUCAGUGCUGACUUACGCCUCCCCACCUCUCAUCACUAAUGUCACGACGAGAAGCGCCGCCGCGUCCACGGUGGGGCCCCAGCUGGAGGGCCCAGAGCACCAGGCGCCCCUCACCUAUUUCCCGUGGCCUCAGCCCCUUUCCACGCUGCCCACCUCCACCCUGCAGUACCAGCCUCCGGCCCCAGCCCUGCCUGGGCCCCAGUUUGUCCAGCUCCCCAUCUCUAUCCCCGAGCCAGUCCUUCAGGACAUGGAAGACCCCAGGAGGGCCGUCAGUUCCCUGACCAUCGACAAGCUGCUUUUGGAGGAGGAGGAGAGCGAUGCCUACGCGCUCAACCACACUCUCUCUGUGGAAGGCUUCUAGCGCUGGCUCCCACCUGACAGUCCAGGUCCCCAGAACUGGAAUUUACAAAUGAGCCUGAACGCGAGCCCCUGAUUCAUAUUUGUUUGGAGGAGUCGUUUCAUAACUACACUUUCCUCCCCAGACCGAAAUUGUAGACCCUUCCUUCCUUCUCUCCCUCCCUCUCUCC